AUGAUCGGUACUGUGUCAGAGAGGCUGUCCAAGCUUGACGAUUUUGUUAAGCGCUUGGAGGGAAGAGAUGAGGAAGAUCGAUGCCUUCAAGUGCGAGCUUCCUCUUUGCAUGUUUCUCUUGAGCGAUGCGAUUCUAACUCUGAAGGAAGCUGCAAAAUGCAAUGUGCGGCACCAAAUGUUCAAGAAGAAUUGUGA